CGCGUCACACGGCGACGGCGAUCGUCGCGAGUUGCGCGGCGCUCGCACAUGCGUCGUGGGAUGACUCGAACGACGACGAGUCAGCGUCGCGCGUCGACGUCGGGGCGCAGAGACGCGUUCGAAGGCGCGUACGAACGAGAAGACGAUGAUGAUGGGACGUACGACGACGCCGACGACGCCGAUUCCGACGGUGAGUGGAUGGAUUACGACGACGAGGUCGAUCGAGUGAGCUUUCUCGCGUCUACGACGUUCCGUUCGAGCGCUGCGUCGAGCGAGCGGCGCGCGCGAGCGGCGAGGCGGCGAGGCGGCGACUCGGAGAGGUGCGGGUGCGCUUCGGGAGCGGUGGCGGCGUGUUUAUUGGUAUUAGGAGUGAGUUCUAUCGGGAGAGCAUCGUAUUCAAACGUGCUCGCUAGACAGCGAGAAGCGUACGCGCGAGUGGUGGAGGCUUGGGACGACGGUGAACGCGAAAAGUUUGCUCGCGUUAAAUUUGAGUGGGCGCUCGUCGCCGACGCCGAGCAGCCGACGUGGGUGUCGACGCGAGCGGUGACGACGCGCACGAAGGAGGGUGUGAAUUUCGGCGUCGCGACGUAUGAACCGUUGCGAUACGCGUUGGAGGGGGGUGAUUUGCUCGAGGCGUUUGGCAUUCCUUCGCUCAUACGAGACGGCGUGCUCGACGCGAGAGACGCGCCAGAUAUCCACGACAUUCUUCAUCCCGAUGCUGACAUACAUUCGUACACGAGUGGGUAUAACAAUACCGCGGUCAUGGGCGCAUUAAUGGGCACGCGUGCGUUGAGACUUCGCAUAAACGACGGCGCGCAAGCUCUGGAUGUGCGUAACGUUGAACUUUUCACCAAGGAGUUUCUCCCAAUCACGAAUUGGAAGACUUGCAAGUACCAACACGCUGGAUACCCCAACCACGGUGGCUGUGACACUUACAGCGUCAUCGAUAGAAUAUGCCUCAAGCUUCAGGCGACUUCUGGCGGGGAGUGGGAUUUAGACACGAGCGGUGGCGGCGCUGGUUGCGAGGCGCGCUCGAGCGAAGACGGCGCCGACGCAUACGAUCCGAUCAUUCGUCAUCGCAUCGUAGCGCCAGUGACGGGUGCGUAUCCCGCACUUUCUGUCGUACGAAAGACGCUUGCGUUGACGCGCGACGCGGAAACCGCCAUAUUAUUGCGCGCGUCGGAUGACCCGCACUUGUGGCUGUUAAACGCCACCGACGGCACGGCCGCUUUCGCCGCGGCGCAGUCAAGACUGAACGCCGCAGGCAUCGCGUUCGUCGUCCUCGCGGCCGUCUUUAGCAUUCCCGCGAUUUGUCUAUUACUCCCGAUGUUGUACGAAAAGUACACGGUGAAAGGUCGCUACGGACGUAGAAGUAGACGGGUAGAACCCGUGCCGCUGCGCGACAUGGUGUAAAACACACACGUAAUUAAUACGCG